AUGGACCAGGUCAAGGAUAUGGGAGUAAAGGAUGCUGUGCUUGAGGCUCAUAUUUUUGAAAUUGAAGAUUUGGAUGGUGAAUUUUCUAGUGCUCUGGACUCCCAAACAGUGACUGUAGCUAUGACGCUACCACCAAAGAUGACUGAAGGAGCUACUCAUUCCGCUAUAAUUUUUCAGGAUUUGAGUGCAGUAUUGCAGCAUUGUCGUGAGCACGAGAUUUCUUUGAAUCCUAAGAAAUCAGUUUUUUGUGUCACAGAGGGAAAAUUGUUAGGACAUAUUGUCUCAAAAGAGGGAGUUAGGAUUGAUCCUAAGAGAGUUAAUGCAAUUCAAUGUCUCAGUUUACCCUCUAGUCGGACUGGAGUAAGAUCGUUCUUUGGUCAAGUGAAUUUCUUAAGAAGAUUUGUUCCAGAAUUUGCUAAGACCACAAAACACAUUGUCAGCUUGCUAAGUGAGCAACAUCCUUUCAAGUGGACCGAAGAGGAUAGAAAUACUUUUGAAAGAAUUAAGGGAUCGGUUGCAAAUGCGCCCACUCUCGUUAAUCCAAAUUUCACGAAGGAUUUCAUUUUGUAUUGUUAUGCAUUAGACCAUACUAUGUCUGGGAUUCUGUUACAGUUGGAUGAAAAUGGGGCUGAAUUGCCCAUAGCGUUCAUGACUACUCCGCUCAAGAAGCAUGAGCUUAAGUAUUCACCCAUGGAGAAGCAUGCCUAUGCUGUUGUAAAGGCUGUGAAACAGUUUUGA